AUGAAUCCCUGCCCAAGUAUGGAGGAAACGGCUUGUGCGGGGGAAUCGUUUGCUUCGGAGCCAGGCAGCCCAGCAGAAGAAGAAGCAGAACCAGAAGCAGAGGGAGUGGAAAGCAGAGCGGUCAGUCUCUCUUCAGAAAUUCAGGUUUCUGAAUUGGGGCAACAAGACUCAGCCGAGAGAACAUCCGAGAUCCCUUUUCCUUCUGGGGAAGGACCAACGAAUGAUUCUUCCACCAAAAUCUCCCGUCAAGAGAAAUUGGAUCCUGGGAGGAGAAACGCACUUUUACCUUCAAGAAAUUCAUUGCCUGGGACCCAGAGUGGCGCUCUGGACAACACAGUGGAUUCUCCAGAAAAGGUUGCAGCCAGUGAAGAUGUGGAAAUGGGGCCUGCAACAGAUGCUGGCUUAGAAGAUGUAGACGGCCACCUUCGUGGUGGAGAACUUGAGCCGGAGAUGAGUUCUGCGAUUCCAGUGGAGGCUGAAGGGGUUUGGGACAAGGCCAGCAUGGGAGACCUUUGUGCAGAAAUGGGGAUGUGGGCUGACGGGGUGAAGCCUGGCAAGAUGGAAGCAGCAGCAACAACAACAGAGUCUUUCAAGGAUGUGGACCCAGACCAGAGGCCGGGCGCUGAGCCCAAGGAGAGGCUUCUUCAGAAACUAUCGGAGGUCCCCAUCCUUGACGAACAAUUCAAGGGCAGAUUCUCCCAAGGAGACGAUCCCAAGGAUUGGAGUGAGGCUUCUGACACCACAGGCCAAAACCUCCACUCCCCAGAGACCCGUGAAGGAGGAGGAAGGGCUGUGGGAAAAACAGACCGGCUGCAAGCGAGACCUGCUUUGAGGGAAACCACCGUUCUCGCAGGGGCCUUAGAAACCCCAGUUCCUGAACCUCCUGAGAAUUUGGGCGAACUGAUUUCUGAGCAAUGCCUCUUACGCAACAGCAGCAGGAUCCCCUUGGAAAAUCCAGUGGGAGAAAGGUCUGUGAGGGAGGAGAAACGUGAGAAUCCCAGAAAUGCUGAAUCCAGCAACAACUCGAAGGAAGAAAGGGCUGUUCCCAGGCUUCAGGAUGCCGAAGAGAUGAGUGAAAACGAUGAUUCUUCCCGGGGAAUUGUCGAUGUUCCAGUGGUUGGGUCGUCCGGAGGAGAAGCGCCUGGUUACAGACGGGGGAGUGGGAGAGAACGGCAGGGUGAAUUUAAGGCUCCACCUAGUGAAGAAGAAUCGGAAGUGAAGAGAAGCAUAAUCGGCACUUCAACAGCAGCAACCACAGAAGAUGCAGCCAACCAGCCCCGAGAGGCCGAAGGCGGCCUGGACAAAGGCCCAAGAGGCCUCGCAGAGCAGGAGAAGGCGGACUCCUGUUCUGCUGCGGAUGCCUCCCGCACGAGGAGCCCUCGCCCAGAUCCUGCCGAGCGGCCCUCCUUGGGCGCUUCCUCUAGAGAGGGCCUCCCAGAGGGGAGGAUUCCUGGCUUAGCCGACUGUUCCCUUGCAGGCACCCAGUUGCCUUCUCCGAAAAGCCACCGUGAAGCAAGAGAGAGUUUGGGGUCAGAUAGUCGCCUCCUUUUGGGCUGUCAGGAUGUCCCGGAGGAUGAACGGUUGGCAAGUCUGAAUGAAGAAGGCAGAGUGAAGACCACGGUGGGAGGGGAGGAGGAGGAGGAGGAAAGGGCCGGUCCUGUGCCAAGCAUCCCUUUGGCUGUCACCAGGAGGGAUUUUGACCCAUGUCCUGUGCAGAUGGGGGCCUGGAAGGGGCCUUGUAGCACAUUCUCCAGCGGUUCUUCCUAUGCAAUAAACCAGCUACAACGUCCUUUAGGGGUUGAUCCCCAAGGACCGAAAUCGGAUAUUGUUGAGCCUGAGAAUCUGGAGAAUUGUUCAGAAGUGAAAGGAGCCGACGUUGGGGGAAAGUUGCUUUACCUUGAAGACCCUCUUAGACCAGACGGAGGUUCUGAGGGAGCAGAAGCUCCUCUUGAACAGAUCAGCCUUCCUGUUCCAGGGGAACCUGAGCAAGAUGCCCUCAUUCCUGAGGGGAGCGGCUGGUCUGGUCACCUGGCUGAGAAUCCCCCCUGCAGGAAGGCAAGAGCCAGCCCUGGGCUGACCCUCCUACAGCCUGGGAACGUUGCUGUCAAGCUCCCCGUGGAACCAAUGGAUGACUCUGCUGACGCCCUGCAAUGGCCUGAAGGGGAUGAUGGGCUCCAUUGGCAGAUUCCGGCCUCUGAAGCUGAAGGAGAAGAGAGGGGCCGGUUGGGUCCUUCCAAGACGGAGGGUCUUCACGAAAGAAGGGACGCCUCGUGCUUCCAUCCAGCUGAACAGAGAGCGGAUGGGACCCAGAGCAGGGAAGCCUUUAGGGAACCAACUGAGGAAUUGGCCACCCGAAGACCAUGUCAUCCGCCCAUUCAAGAGGCCACUGCUGGACCACGGAAGGACAUGGAGAUGCUGGAGGUGAGUCUGGAGGGACCCACGUCCUCCCAUCGUGACCAAGGCCGUCCUGUGAGGGCUGCAUCCUCCCCAGCAGGGACAGAGGCUGCAGGGGCCUCUUGUUCAAGGAAGGGCCGGAAAAGAGCCGCAGAAGCACCGGAGGAGCCGGGUGGGGGGGAAGUGGAGCCUGAUCCCAUCAACUCGGCCGGUCGGCCUGCAAACUCCCCUUCGGAAUCAGCUUCGGAAUCAGCAGAUGAUGGCAGGGCUGCCUGUACGAACCAGGGCUUCAUGGAAAACACCCGCCAGGACUUGGACCAAGAGGCUUCUUCCGUGGCUGGCAGACCUCCUGGGCAGCCGGACACGGCAACUGUGGCUUCACCCCUUGGAAAAGCAGCUCAGGAGCUUCCGGGAAGUGAGUCGUCCAGCAGUCCCCCUUCAGGAAAGGGGGAACGCGCUCAGAAGGCAGGGAUGGCGCUGCUGCCGGGCCAAGAGAGAGCGUGCCAGCUGGGCAAUGGCCCGGAGGCCCCUGCAGGGUGGAGAGGAGGCAUCGGGUGCUCGGAGCCCUGCGAGGCCCUUUUGCAGGAAGAAGAGAAAGCGAAGAGCCCCCCUCCUAGGAAGAGGCUCCAACAGGAGGCCUUGGAAGGCGCUGCCUGUCAUCCAAAGAAGCUCUGCGAGGGGGGUUCUGCUUCAGGUGGGGGCUCUGCCAGGGAGCCAGCGGCAUCUCCUGGGGCGGCACCUCCUCCUCCUUUGCCUCCUCUGAAGGGGAGCCUCGAGCAAUUCGGCCAAACGAUAGAGAAGUUCCUUCAUCAGUGUAGAAACCGGCUCCCUCCGUGCUCCGACCCCACGGACAGAAAGAGAGAGGCGAUUGCUCGGAUGGUGAGAAAUUACUUUCAGAGCAACGUUGACUCCAACGAACCGGCAGCUGAAACGGGGGAAGCAGGAGCGCCUGCAGGCUCUUCCGCCAGAGAAGAGGGCGAAGGCUCAGGGGGCCCCGGGCAGGAGGACGUCUGCCACUUUGAGGAGGAGCCCUUCCCCAUGGAGGUGGGUUCUGCGCUGGGGGACUCGGGCUGCAGCUCUCCUGUUGAGUCGCCAAAGGCGGAACCCCCGGAGGGGCCCUUGGAAGAAGAGCCGGAGUCCUCUUGGCCUUUGGGCACCUCUGCUCCUUCUCAGAGCUCCGGACCUUCUCCCAGUCCACACUGGAGCCAUUCAGACCAAGCGCUGGAUGGCGCCUCUGGAGGCUCUGGCAGCCUCUCGGAAGCGGAGGGGAAUUCUCCCUCCGAUGGAGACUGUGAGGAUGAAGACUCGGGGAGGCCCACAAAGGCAGCCGUGCUGUGGCAGGAAGACAGCCAGGCUGAGCAGGAGGCUCCCGGCUGUUGGCUGCAGCGUGGAGAACCGGACGGAGGAGACGGACCUGAUGGCUCCGCCUGCCGAGAGGAUCCUGUGGAGGCCCCGGAGGAGACGGCAGCUGAGGGCUACCGGAGGGCGAUGCCGGCCAAAGGAAGCGUUUUCCCGUCAGGCGGCCCCGGAGGCCCCCCUGGCCAAGAUAAGAGGGAAAGAGCCCCAAGGGAGCCAUUCCGCCAGGAUCCCUGGGAAUCCAGCCCCGAAACCUCUCUGCGGUCAAGUGUGGCUCCUUGUGGUCCUCCAGUGAAAAUGGAGCUGACCGAUGAAGAACCUGAUGGCCAAGAUGGCAGGAGAAAGGAGCUGCCUCCUCCUCCAUCAGGAAGACCCCCUGUGGCCUCUGCCCUGGGGGCUGACAGUCCUGAGGAGGGUCCUUCCAUCCCUCGGCCCCACCCGACUCCUGCCCAGGGCGCCGCUUUGCUCCUGGUGAAGGAAGAAGCUGUGCAGGAAGACGAGGCGCUGCCCUCCGUGGGGGCCGAGUCCUCCCUCUGCGCUCCCUGCCCCUCCCAGGCUGUGGAGCUGGGCUCUCCUGGGAAGGAGCUUGGCAGGCCUGAGGGUGGGGCAGGACAGGCCGCCUCCCACCAGGCCCCCCAGGAAGCCCCGUGGGUCCCGGGCACGUCGGCUUCUUUCCCAGCCACCGACGCCUGCGGUGAUGGAGGCCCCCGCAGUGCCUGGCCUUUGCAGGGCGAUGGGUGCCCCCUCGGACGGAGUCCCUUGGCAGACACAGGGCUCCGCUCUCAGGCCCCCCAGGAAGAAAAGAGGCGGCUUUGGCCUCUCCUCUCGCAUCCCCCAUCUUCUCCUCCACCCUCUCCCUCCGUCUCUCAGCAUUCACUCCUCCCCAAAACCUCGGCAGACGAGCAGCCCGAAGGCCCCCGGCCCCUGUCUGACUUUGGGGGAGGAGCGCUCGGCAUUCCCUGCCAGUCGGAGGAGGCAGGGCUGGCGGAGCCUUCGGAUGCCGAGUGUCUGCGCGUGGCAGCCGCUGUCUCCUCUUCUGCACCACCCCAGGUCCAGGAGGGGGUCUCCUCCUUCAGAGACCCUCCUGCUCGCACAGAGCCCCACAGCAGCCGCCUCUCUGGAAGAGCGGCCGAGUGGGCGUCCUCCGAGCAAGACGUGGCCUUCCAGCUGCAAGAGUGCCAGUCGGUGCUGGCAGAAAUCCUCCAGGCCUUGAGUUCGGUAGAAGGUGUGGACGAGGCCCACGUGGAGAAAUGGAGGGACCAGAUUGCUGUCCUCCAGAAGGCGACCAAGAUGCCCCAGACCCACAUAGCCCUGGUGGGGAACACGGGGGCCGGCAAGAGCUGCCUGCUCAACGCCCUGCUGGACGAGGAGGCCAUGCUGCCCACCUCGGCCAUGAGAGCCUGCACCGCAGUGGUGGUGGAGAUCGCCAGGGGCGCAGAGGGCAGUCCGUAUGAAGCCGAAGUGGAGUUCCUCUCCCGGGAGGAGUGGAAUAAGGAGUUGGAGGCCCUCCUGGAGGACAUGAAGGACAAAGCCGGCAAUCUGAAGAAGCGAUGCCCGGAUCGCAAGACGGAAGCCGGGGCUGCCUACAGCCGGGUGAAGGCCGUCUACGGGAGAGUGGACGAGCUGGAGAAGCUGGAGGACAAGCAGGGGGUGACCCAACAUCUCGGAACGGUCAAGCACAUUUAUGCCGAGACACUCAACAGCUCACAAGCCUCCAGGGACCUCAACCUACAAGAUCAGAUCCGUCCCCUGGAAGAGGAGUUGCAAGAGCUGGAGCGCCAGAGGACUGAAGCCGAAAUGGAGAAGAAGAAGCUUUACGCACAACGGCAGCAGCAGCGGCAGCAGCCAGUGAGGAAGGGAAGUGCGGACGGAGACUCCGCCUGGUUUCAGAGACAUGACAUCUUGGAGAAGGAGUUCAAAAUCUGUGCCUUGCAGAGGGAGAAGGAGGCCAGGCUCCGGGCCAUCAGCCUGAUUUGCGUUCAGGCCCGGAAUGCAUUUUCCAAGCAGCGGAUUUUGAUGGACUUCAGCGCUGGGCUCCAGGAAGUGUCCAGGAGAGCUGAGGGUGAAGAAGAUGGUGAAGAAGAGAUGGACGAGGGGGACUCGGCUGGAGAGCAGCCUGCUAAUCUGGAGGUUUUCACGGUCAGCUCUACGGAGUAUCUCAAGCUUGGUGGGAAGUUGCUCUGCAAUGGUCAACCUCAGGUUUUCCAUGAGGUGAAAGACACAGAGAUUCCUGCGUUGAAGAAGUUUGCGAUGGACACAGCGCUGAAGCACAGCAUGGUGGCAACAGAGAAGGUCAUCCGGGACGUAGCUCGUGUCCUAAGCCAAAUGGUGAAUUAUCUCAACAGCCAGAGAACACAG